CCACCACCACAUCCCACAUGGUUAUCCGCUGUUUUCUCUCAAACCAUGGGUGACAGAACUUGGAGGAUAAGACCCCCUGAGCCACCACCACAUCCCACAUGGUCAUUCUUUGGAAAGUGCAAGAAGAAAAAGGUGAAAGAAGAGAAAAAGAGUCUAAUAAUUGGCCCUAUGCUCAGGAAGAGGAGCCGGGAUGAGCCCCCCUUUGUGGUGCCCCAAAUUUUUGUGGAUUAUGGAAGCCGAAGAACAUCGUAUGCUUCCGCGUCCGAUCACAUGAUGCUGGGCGCAUUGGCUCUUGACCUUCGGAGGUCAUCUGGAAGUAGUGCUGGCAGCAGACGGACUUCUUUAGCUUCUGAUUCUGACAG